AUGGGUUCCGAAUCGCCUCCUCGCCCAGGCCCCAAGCCUAAGUCGGCUAUUCCGUCUCGUUUGCUGAACGGUGGAUCGGCUCUGAAUCCGUCGAUGAAUUCUCGUGAUGCUCGUGAGCGCGAGUCUCUCAAUUCCUCGAUUCGUUCUUCCUUUGCCCCGAAGAUUCCCAUCCAGUUCGAGGGAGUCGAACCGCACCCGGCGGUCGAGCAGACAAAUAUCGUCGAGGAAGUGGCUGAGAAUGCAGGUGCUGUGCAGCCCCCCACCGCAAGUGAACAAGCCCGCGAGCCUAGAGAGGAGGGGCGCGACGUGACACCAUCGUCAGCCGUCAGCCGCUCAUUAAGUCCCUACACCUUGUUCCCUCCUAUCGAUUUCGAUGGUCUGAGCUGGCCGUGCCCCGGAACGAGAGCGCGCCUGGAGUCAUCGCCGGAAGAAUAUGAUACCCGUGUUCAGAAGUUGGCCGGAGCUGUCAGAACUAUCCUGGAGUGCGUUGGUGAGGAUCCCGAAAGAGAAGGGCUGCGGGAGACACCCGAGAGAUAUGCCAAGGCUAUGCUUUACUUCACCAAAGGUUACGAGGAGAACGUUCGUGACCUUGUCAAUGGGGCUGUUUUCCACGAGGACCAUGAUGAGCUUGUCAUCGUGAAGGACAUUGAAGUGUUCUCCCUAUGCGAGCACCAUAUGGUUCCUUUCACAGGGAAGAUGCAUAUCGGGUAUAUCCCUGACCGACGGGUGCUGGGCCUCUCCAAAUUGGCCCGUCUGGCGGAGAUGUUCUCAAGGAGACUCCAAGUGCAAGAGCGUUUGACGAAACAAGUUGCCCUUGCCAUUUCCGACGUAUUGAAGCCGCUCGGUGUUGGUGUUGUGAUGGAGUCCUCGCAUCUCUGCAUGGUGAUGCGCGGUGUGCAAAAGACCAGCAGCACUACCACUACUAGCUGUAUGCUUGGGUGCAUGCGCUCCAGCGCAAAGACCAGAGAAGAGUUCUUGACCCUUCUCCACCGAAAAUAA